UAGUGGGGAGUUGUUUACGGGCGCGGUCGGUGGUGCCGGUGGUCAGCUGUGUGCGCGCGCCGCGGUCGAUAGGGCCCGGCGGGCGGGGCGCAUGCGCGGGCGUAUUGAGCCCGCAAACAGGCCGCCGACACCGCGCGCCACACACGCGAUGCAUGCGGGCACCUAGCGGACAAACGUGCGCGGGCCUGAUGGGCACCGUGCUGAGCUUCAGCCCGCGAGAGCGGCGACCGCCCGCCGCCGCCCCGCCGCCGGACCGCGCCGCACUCGCCUACUCCUACGAACGCCUCAACAACGCCAAGAACAGGGAGAACCGCGACCUCACCCGCGAAGAACGACGCGCCACCCUCGACGAUGCCGCCAAAAUCAUCUCCGAGAAAACGGCCCUCGAGAAGAACCUCAAAAAGCACUCGCUGUUCAUCAAUGCGCUGUCGUGGAAGAGGUUCUCGACGGCCAACAACAACAAGAAGAAGCUCGAAUGUAAGAGCAAAAGCGUGACGACGUUCAGAGCGCCGCUCACGGAUAAUGUACCGCUCGAUAGAAACAAAAAUGUUAGCGUGGGGGGAGCGAUAUACGCUCGGGCCCCGGUCGCGCCGCUGCCCCCUGCUACGGAGGUGGCGCGGACUAACGCGCUUAACAAUAAUGUGUGUUACACGGAGAAGUUGCCGACAACGGCGGUUGGGACUGCCCCGAUAGUAGCGCCCAGGAAGACAGUGAUCCAGGCGUCCACGUCAGAACUCCUGAAAUGUUUGGGCAUGUUCUUGCACUCCCGCUGCCACCGCUUGCGCGACUUUCAAGCUGGCGACGCGGUCAUGUGGCUGCGGACGGUGGACAGGUCGCUGCUACUACAGGGAUGGCAGGACGUUGCGUUCAUCAAUCCAGCCAACGUGGUCUUCGUAUACAUGCUGGUCAGAGAGCUGGUGGACGGGGAGAGGAUAGCGCGACCGCAGGAGCUCCAAGCGGUCGUCCUCACAUGCCUCUACCUCUCGUACUCCUACAUGGGCAACGAGAUCUCGUACCCACUCAAACCUUUCUUAGUCGAAGACUCAAAAGACAAAUUCUGGGAUCGUUGCCUUUUAAUCGUCGAUAGACUGUCCUUUAACAUGUUAAGAAUUAAUUCCGAGCCUGGUUUCUUUACUGAGGUGUUCACGGAGCUGAAGGCGUGUGGGGCGAUCGAGAGCCCUCCACCGGCGCCGCCGCACCCCGCGCCGGCCCCCCCUCACGCCCUCAGUGCCGCCUGACAUACAGAGGUCGCCGUGCUGAGGCUAGCGUUGACAGACCGCCCCAGCCGCGUUUGAUGUCGGCUUCUAACUGCCGAAAGUCUUGGUCGGUCGUCUAUUGGUUAUGAAUGGUCUUAUAAUCGCGUUACGAAUAUUUAGUUCAAAUAGUUAUUCCGUUUGAUGGUUGUUUCACCUUCCUUUCAAAUUUAUUUUCAUGACAAAUGAGAAAGUUGUAUUAAAAUUAAUAGGAAUCAUAUAUACUUUGCAUAUACCUAUACUAUUCCUAUGCAGAUUGAUGUUUUUAUGAUCAUUGGCGUUUUUCGUAUUAUACUCAGCUAAUCUUUAAUUAAUUUGAACUUAAUCACCUUGUCUGAAUCGAAAGGCCUACCUACUCGUAGUUUUAUGAAGAUUUGGGAAAGGUGCGAAAGAACUAAUAUAACAAAUAACAAAAGCGCAUCUCUCUUUUUUGUUUUAAUGACAAUAAAGAUAGAUGUUAUUGUUUUUUAGUUGCAAUUGUGCAAAGUUCUUCCACAAUCAACAAUGAACUAAAAUUAUAAUUGCGCAUACACGUAUUAUGUACAUAAAUUGAAAUUUACUUUAGAUUAAAACUCAUAUUUCAUCUGAUAUCAUUAUUACAAUGUUUAAUUUAAAUUUAUUAUAAAGACCUUUACACCGAAAGAUGUACAUACCAACGGCAGAACAAGACUUUCGAUGCAGAAUUGUAUUUUAAACACAAUAAGUACCCGCGGAAAGAUUUCAAUGUCUGGCGUUGGUUAAAUUCAAGUCAAGUUAAAUGUGAUAAAAUUAAUGCAAGAGCUAAAAUUAUAGCGAAUUUAUAUAAGCGAGAUUGUUGCCGAGAUGAGAGUCGACGACGUGUUUGAGAGAAGUGAUCUUAAAACAUCCGAAUACAAGUGCAUUAGUAUCGAUCUUCAAGUAGUCAGGACAUUUCAAUAUAACUAUAAUGUAGAUAAUGUCUGACAAUCUAUAGUAUAACUGCUGACGUGGUUGCAGUCUUUAGUCCAAUAGAUCAGCGGUUAGCUAGUGUGUAAGAGUUUCGUAAAUGUAGUAGAAAAUCGUAUUGCAAUGUAGUUAGAUGAUAUUAGAGAGUGGCAGGCGGGGGGUUGCAAUAUUGGCUCCGGCGAACACCGGUUAAGUCCUUCAGGUAAAAGUACGUAAUACGACCGGCUCAAAGCACGCGGUAGCCUCUUUGUAAUAGAGUGCAAAUCCAAUACUUUUUAAGGACAAGUUGGUUGGAAAUUUUCUUUAGGAAAUCGUGAAAAUGUACCUAAAAACCAUAUUAUUAUUAUCAACUGUAACAUGGCAUGUUUACAAAAUUUUAAAUAGUCAAUGGGAAAUUUCUUUAAGAUUGCUAGUUUAGGAGAUAAAGUGUGAAUCCCUUAUUCAAGCUGGUGAACUUAACUUAAGGUUAAACUAAAAUAACAUAUACCCAUAAGAAAAUAAUAUGUGACCUCUGAGAAACGCAAGCUAAGACCUUUAAAAAGUAGGUAAAAUUUCAAUGAUAUAUAGGUAUUACAUCUUCAUUAUAGUAGUCUUCGGAAAGGCUUCUUCGUGACAAUCACGCAACACAUUAUUUUACAGCCAUGAACAUUUUAAUAGGUGUCGUAAGUAUUAAGCCGUGUAGAUCUACUAAAUACAACAAAGGCUUUAAAAAUAAAACAAACAGGUACUUGAAGAAGCAUGUUCAAUAAAUAAAAUUAUAUUCUAGUAUAUACUGCAACGUUUACUACUAGAUAUCAAUUCUUAAUUAAUAAUGUAUUGUGAUGCCAAAUAAAAGAAUUUUUUUCAUUUCCACAUAAUUCAACUGUAUUUCUAUAAUCAUAAGAGACUAGAUUUGCACUCUAAACGGAGGCCUAAAUAUAUAAAAUAGGUCAAAUUUUGCGACGUUUUGUACAGAUUACAAUAUAAUAAGUCCUAAGAAUAGUCUAGUCUAAUGAAUGGCAAGUAAAUCUUGUGGCACUCGGUAUGAAAUACUCGGUUAGAAUUAUUGGUGUAUGAAAUGUUAGCCUUUAUAAAAUAGGCGUUGAUAUAGCAAGGGUAUUAUGAUUCAAAGUCCAAUGCAUCUUUAAUACGAAUGUAUCACGAAAAAUGUAACAGUGACUUAUUUUUAUUUGUCCCAUGUUAUGCAUUUCUUGAAUAGGCAUUGUAAUAAAUAAGUGUUGGCACCGUAAUUAUUAAACCCACUUAUUAGUAUUCGA